AUGAACACUCCAGACAGGGAGCUGUACUUUCCUCAAUGUCCGGAUUCAAUCAAACCUUACCAUGGGCAGAAAUUUGAUACUUUACCACAAGCUCAAGAAUUUUACAAGAAAUAUGCUACAGCGUGUGGUUUCGAGACUCGAUUGAGCGCUAUACAUAGAUCAAGCGAUGGAACUAUUACGUCCCGAUAUAUUGUGUGUAGGAGGCAGGGUGUGUGGCAAAAGGCGAAGGGAUCUAUUAUGCAAGCAAAUGAGUCUAAGGCAAAGAAGCGGAAAACUACAUCUUGCAAAAUCGCUUGCAUGGCAAGGGCAGUGUUCAAACUUUCAACGGGAGGCCGGUACAAGAUCACUGAAUUCAACGAGGACCACACGCACUCCAUGGUUCCAGUCGAUACACGCAAUUUGAUGCACAGUAACAGGAAUGUCGACGAAUUCCAACAAAGGCUUAUCAUAUCCGGUAUCAAGGCUAACAUUGGCCUAAUGCGUACCUUUCGCUUGGCCAAAGAGAUUCUAGGUAGUUAUGACGAUGUCGGAUGCACUGGCAACGACUUUAAGAACUUUGCGAGAGACUUGAAGGAGUUAGGAAACGGAUUUAAAUUCUUUCACCAUGUAGAUGAAGACAAUAAAUUGUGUCGACAAAUUUGGGCGGAUGAGAUAUCUAUUAAGAACUACAAGUUAUUUGGCGACGCAGUGUCGUUUGAUGCUACCUACUGCACCAAUAGAUACAAGAUGAUUUUCACUCCUUUUACCGGUAGAGACAACCACGGGAAGUGCAUCUCUUUCGGUGCAUGA